AUGGAGAUCUGUUCCCAGCGGAGAGCCCAGCCGACGGAUGAGAUGCCGCCGAAAGCAUCACAUACGCAUCUCACACCAGCAACAAUGUCGGCACAGUUCAAAAAGGCAGUCGAUAUCAUCCAAGAAUUGCCCAAGGAUGGCAACAUCAAACCAUCCCAGAACGAUCAAUUGAAGUUCUAUGGUCUCUACAAGCAAGCUAAGAUUGGCGAUGUGAACACAUCCCGCCCAGGCACAUUCGACUUUGCAGGCAAAGCCAAGUGGGAUGCAUGGAGCGCGAACAAGGGUAUGUCACAGGAAGAUGCGCAGACAAAGUACGUCGAGACGUUCAAGGAGGUCUUUGGCCGCUACGAAGACGACGAAGAAGCCAAGAAGGCACUCGCUUCCGUGCGUGAGGUCCGCUCCAAAGGCAUGCUAUUCCUGACUUGUUCCGCUCAACUCGACAGCUCGAGGCAUAGGCAACAAUAUUCGGAAGUCGUCCCAGAGAGAAGCAUGUAG